AUUAAAUCGAAUUAUCCAGCCCGAACCUCGAAUCUCGUCCUCCUUCUCUACCUUGUCCCAAUCUCAAUCCCAACCCAAACAUUAUCUCUCCGCCUUUCUUCCUUCAUCUCAAACGAAAACUGCCUUGUGCUUUCGUGCUUCGUGCUUUCUCGUGAUACCCGCGCCGCCCCUUCAGCUUCGCAUCGCUAUACCGCUUUAAUCGCCCCCCCUCCGCCCGCCAUGGACCGAACCGACGAGGAGCUCGACCGCGACUGGCAGCCCAGCGGCCGUCGCCCCCAAUCCACCAUCGCCCGCUCCUUCUCCCAGGAGUUGAUGGAUAUCUUCCGCAUCGAAAACUCGCUCACCGACCUCGAUCAGCAAGUCUCCGAGAAGAAGCGCAAUGUCAACAGAAACACCCAGGAACUCGCGUCCCUCGAGAAGCGUCUCCGUGAGAUGGAGGAGCGCCUCAAGAACCCCAGCCAGUCUCGCACCCCGCUCCCCCAGGUCCAACAGGAUCAGGAUCAGCAAUUCCAGUCCCUCGACGCGGUGACCAAGGAGGACCAGAAGGCCCGCUCGCGCCCUGGCACGGCUCGAGCCACCCAGCAGGCCCCCUCUGCCGGCAACAUGCCCCCGACCCCGGGCGCCAGUGAAGGUGAAUACUACAUCGUCACCCACGCUGACUUGAUUGACGGCCCCCGCUGACUUGGUUCUUUCUUGACUAAAUUAAAGACGGAGACGCUGAACAAUAAAUCUCAGGCUCUCUUGUCUCCUCGGCCUGACCAGGGACACCGGUAU